AUGGCGACACUCAACGACAUGUACGUAGACGACCUUCUAUCAAGAUCUUCAGAUACUGAAUCAGCAAUUCAACUACAGGACGGACUAAUCAAUACUUGCAACACAGGACUCGAUUAUUGUGGACUUUUCUACAUCAACGACAGCAGCAGCCAAGAAAAUAAAGUAUAUGUGGCUAUCUUCAUUUGCUUUGAAACUGAAGCAGUUCAUUCGGAAAGUGUCAACUCUCUCACAAAGCACGAUUGCUUAGACGCUGUAAAACGAUUUUGCGCCAAAAGAGGAUUACCGAAAGCUUUUUACAGUGACAAUUCGAUGACUUUUAUGGGCUCCGCAGGUAAAAAUGAAUUCCAAAAACUGAUGAUGAACAAAGAAUUUACAGAAACCGUCAGCACCUUCACCAACGACAACUCAUUUUCAUGGUACCCUAUUCCACCGAGAGCGCCAAAUUUCGGAGGAUUAUGGGAAGCGGCAGUGAAAUCGAUGAAACGACUUUUCUUCAGAACAGUUGGGAAAACGCGACUACAAUUUCAUCAGUUCCUGACAGUUCUGACUCAAAUUGAGGUCAUCCUCAAUUCAAGGCCACUUGUUACGCCAUCUAAUGACGUCAAUGAUGCACUCUCUUUAACGCCAUGA